AUGGGAAAGUUGCACUACUUCUUGGAAAUCCAAGUAACCAAAAUGAAUGAUGGAGGGCUGAUGCUAUCCCAAGGCAAAUAUGUACAGGACUUACUGGCAAAAGUUGGCAUGAAAAACUGUAAACCAUGUAUCACACCUCUGCCCUCCACUCUCAAAAUUCAUGCUGUGGGAGGAGAAGAAUUUGAUGAUCCUUCGCUUGGCACAACUGACUAUGGCUUGAAGAUUCACAAAGACCCAUCUUUGAAGAUCACAGCAUACUGUGACUCAUACUGGGCUGGAGACCCGAAUGAGAAAAAAUCAGUUGGAGGCUUUUGUGUAUUUCUAGGAAGAAACCUAGUUUCCUGGCAAUCAAAGAAGCAGGGUGUGGUGGCUAGAUCGAGCACCGAGGCAGAGUACAGGUCACUUGCAGACUUAGUGGCAGAAUUGAUUUGGAUCAAAGGCCUGAUAGGUGAAUUGAAAUGGCCAGUCCAGGAACUACCUAUGGCAUACUGUGACAACCAAAGUGUUGUUCUCUUGGCAGCAAAUCCAAUACUACAUUAA